AGUUUAUUCAUGCUGUGUUCUUAAUGUAUUUAUAAGUUGGGCCAUUUUGUGGUACGUACAUACAAGCAGCUGUGUAAUAUUUUAUAUGUUUUGUCUUUUAACAUGCUGAGUAUUAUUGAAUUCUAGUUAAUGAAAUGCUUCAAAUUCAUUGUAACAUGCGAGAAGACUCGCCACAUAUGUAAUUAAUCGUGACGUUAUUACUUUUGAAGCCUAAAUUUACUCAUUUAAUUCCACAAUUUACGAAACAAAGAGUUUUCUUUUGAUACCAGCAUUAACCUUGGCUCCGACGUCAAAUACUUAAAGUCAUCAGUUUGUUGAUUAUCUGCGAAAAAUGAGCAAUGACGAUAUGCAAACGGAUCAACAUAAGGAAAUUGAGGAUGUUGAACUUUCGCCAGUUCUACCAGUUUUUCCAAAUUCGAGUAAACCGUGUGUAAACGUGUGGAUGGAUAAAAUGAAUAAGGGAAUGUUGACAUCAACACAUUUUAAAGAACACUGGCGAAUUUGGGUUCCGAAAAUUUAUAGUCCAGAACCAAAUGGAAAUUGUCUUAAUUGGAGUUUUGAUGAAGAUAUGGCUCAAAAAAUUUUAUAUAAUACCUUAGAAGAAUUUAUAUGCAAUGGAGAUCCUCAACAAGUACUUCAGCAAUUACGUCAAAUGGAAAAGCCACCUUCAGUGUGUGGUAAAUUUUUUCGAGUAGGCGAACCAACAUAUAUUUGUCGUGAAUGUGGUAUGGAUCCUACAUGUGUACUCUGUGUACCGUGUUUUAAGGAAUCAGCUCAUCAAAAUCAUAAAUAUAAAAUAGCUACAUCAGGUGGUGGUGGUUGUUGUGAUUGUGGUGAUCCAGAGGCUUGGAAAAGAGAUCCUUUUUGUAAUAUACAUCUUGCGGGAAUUCAAUCUAAAGAAUCAUCAAGCAAUAAAUUACCUGAAGAUAUUGCAGAGAGAGCAACAGCUACUUUUGAAGCCGUUUUAAAAUAUUGUUAUGAAUUAUUAUCUUUAGAACAUUCACCUGGUUUACCAGCAGAUUUACGUGUUAAAGAAACUGAUGAAGAUCCACUUUCAUUACUUUCAACAACAGACAGUUACUGUACUGUACUUUUUAAUGACGAAACACAUACAUUUGAACAAGUAAUAAGUAUACUUUCAAGAGUUAUCAAGUGUACACAAAAGGAAGCCAUAGAAUUUGUUACUAAUAUUGACAGAAAUGGACGUGCAGUAGUAAAGUGUUCAGAUUUUCAGCAUUGUAAUGAAUUAAAAUCAGAUGUUGAGAGAUUUACAUGGCGACAAAAUAGUCAACCUUUGAAAGUUCUCGUUGUUCAUGCACACGUGAUUGCACAUCAAAUUUUUGCCAUGAAACUUCUUGGAUGGCUACAACACUUCAUAAGCCAAUGCGAAGGAUUUAGAAUUAUUUUUAGUGAUGUAGCAUUAAAUACAAAAUUACCUGAUGUACCCAUAGUUGAAGGAAUUCUUAGGCGAGACUCACAAUUAUGGAAAGCAGCAAGAACAGCGUGGCAUAAACUUUUAAUUUCAGGAAUGUUAAUGGAAUAUGAAAGUAAAAAAGCACUUGCUACAGUAUUUACCAAUAACUAUGGUACUGUAAUGAAAGAUUUUAUUCGUGACGAUCACGAUCAUUCUUUUUCAAUAUCUUCACUCUCCGUUCAACUUUUUACUGUUCCUACUUUAGCUCACUAUCUUAUAGCUAACCAUGAUGUGUUAUUUAUUCUACUCAAUACCUUCAUUUCAGAAAGUUCACGGAGAUGUAAUGCUGCAGGAAAACUUGAAUUUGAAAGAAAUGUACCAAACACACCGUUUAAAAGAGCUCAAUAUAUUUUAUGUGAUCUAGCAUAUUUAUUGAGCUCUAAGCCUGAUACGUGGACUGAUGAAUUAAGAAAAGGAUUUUUACAAGGUUUAUCAUUACUAUUGAAUUUAUUAGCAAGUAUGCAAUCGAUGGAUGCAGUUCUUAGACAAGUUGGUCAACAUAUGGAAUAUGAACCUGAGUGGGAAUCAGCGUUUAAUUUACAUAUAAAACUUUCUCCCGUUAUAAGUCUUGCAUUAGAAUGGUGUGGCUCAGAUAAAAUUGUACUUGUAAAAGCCUUCAGAGCAGUUUUAAAAAAAUUAGGGGAACAAUCAGGUAAUGAUUCAACACCAAGAGUACUUCGUGAAAUAGAACAUCAUUCAGCUUCUUGUAUACAAUAUGAUGUUUCAUCUGAACCUGUUUCGAUUCAUUUACCACUCUCUAGAUUUCUCGCAGGUUUAUUUCUCUAUUUAGAAAAAUACAAUCUUAAUUUUGAAAGUGAAGAAUUUGUUAUCUCUGAUAAUUUAACGUUAGAACAAUUAAUCGAACCUGUUUUACGAGCUCAAGCUAUGAUAUCCCAAGUACACGCUGGUAUGUGGCGAAGAAAUGGCUACAGUUUGCUAAAUCAAUUAUAUUUUUAUCAUAAUGUUAGAUGUCGAACUGAAAUGCUUGAUCGUGAUAUUAAUUUGUUACAAGUUGGUGCAUCAUUGAUUGAAAGUAAUGAAUUUCUUAUUCAUAUAUUGAAUAAAUUUAAUCUUAUUAAUUGGGCUGAUCCAAAUUUUGAAACAAAUGUUAUUAAAAACCCGGAAGAAGAUAGUAUAAGACAAACUAUAAAUCUUGUUGAAGAAUUUCUUGGUUUAUUGAUUACAAUAAUUGGUGAACGACAUAUACCAGGUGUUGGACAAGUGACUUCAGAUGAUCGUUUGAAAAAAGAAAUAAUUCAACAACUUUGUAUUAAACCAAUGUCACAUUCAGAAUUAAAUAAAACUUUACCUGAUGGUGUUCAUCAUGAAAUUGGUUUAGAAAGAGUUAUUAAUGAUAUAGCUGAUUUUAAAAAAUCUGCCCAAAAUUCAGUUGGUAAGAGACUUUAUGAACUUAAUUCUCAUUUAUAUGAUGAAUACAACGUUUUCUUUUAUCAUUAUACUAAAGAAGAAUUAAGUAAAUCAGAAGAAGCUCAACGUAAACGUAAGAAAGCUAUGGGUGAACUUGAAUGUUGUCCACCACCACAAUUACCAAGACUUACUGAAACUUUUAGUCUAGUAGCUAAUUUACUUCGGUGUGAUGUUAUGCUCCAUAUUAUGCAAACAGUGCUCGAGAGAGCACGUAAUCUUCGUGCACGAAGUUUCUCUGAGUCACAAAUUCAUAAAAUUCUACAUUUAAUUGGAUAUGCCCUUCAAGAACAGAUGACCGGUUAUUAUUCUUUCCUCAAUUUUACCGAACGUGCAGCUCAAAAAAAUAUUCUCAAUCUAUUGGAAGAUUUAUUAAAUAAUCCACGUAUUGACGCUCAUAAAGAUUUAUUAACGUGGGUAUUGAAAAAAUAUCGUGAAGCGGCUGGUAGUACAAUAAAUGAAGAAAAAAAUAAGAAUAUUGAUGCUAAAAGUGCUGAAACAUCAGCAUCAGAAAAAGAUAUAGCUAAAAAUAGUAAAGAAUGGCGUAUGCAAAUGGCUGCACAAAAAAGAGCCAAAGUUAUGGCUCAAAUGCAAUUAAUGCAGAAACACUUUAUGAAAAAUAAUGCAAAAUUAUUUGAAGAAACUGUUUUAGAUGUAAAUAAAAGUAAUGAACGUGGAUCUUCAAUGGAUUUAUCAGAAUGUAUUGAACGAUCACCUAUUGCUGUUGGGCCAAAUCAAACAGCUCGAUUAGCUGAAGAAAAAACAUAUACUUGUAUUCUAUGUCAAGCAGAUCAAAGUGUAACUGUAUCUGGGGAUGCAAUGGUUCUUGCAGCUUUUGUUCAACAAUCAACCGUUUUAUGUCAAACAAGAUCUGAACCGGAUGAACCAAAUCCGAUUUAUUUAUCAGCUAAACUUGGUGCUUCACCACACACGAGUACUUGUGGUCAUGUGAUGCAUGCUUAUUGUUGGCAAACACACUUUGACAAUGUCCUUGCGAAAGAACAUCGACGACCUUAUCGACUUCGUCAACCCGCAAGUUUUGAUGUCGAAAAACAAGAAUAUCUUUGUCCACUUUGUGAAUGUUUAAGUAAUACCGUUUUACCAUUAUUACCACCAUUAGCACUACUUCAACCUACUGAAUCAAACAAAUGUAAUAUUGAUUUUGAAACAUGGUUAAAUGCAUUACAAUUAAUUCUGGAUUUCCGAGAUAAAGAGAAUAAUAUUGAAACAGAUGAUGCAUCAUUGGACGAUCAUCACAAAGCUAAUUGUCGAUAUUGUAAAGAGAAAAAUUUACAACACAUUUAUUCAUCUGGUGAUACAUCAGUUGAGCAAGAAAAUUUCCCAUGCCCAAUUAGAAGAAUGUAUAAAGAAAUGGGAAAGCAAGUUGCUUCAGCUUUCGAGUUUUCAAGCCCUCACCAAAAUAUACAUCUCUCUGAUCAUCUAAUUUCUAUGAUUCAUUUAUUCGCUCAGACAACUUACACUAAAGGCCUUGGUGUUGAUCCACAUGAAGAAGAUUCUAGAGUGCCUCUACUUGCUUUUAAAUCAACAUCAUAUACAAUUCAUGCUAUUGAAUUUAUGCUUCGUGAUUCUGAAAAGCCACUUUUAGGUGCUUUAUCAUCAAGACAAAAAGAUAGUCUCGAGUGUCUUGCUAGAAUCUCAGCUAUUCUAGGAUAUACAUGGCCACCGUAUGGUGAUACUGGACGUCUUCGUACUCUUGGAAAUCAUGCACUACAUAUACUGACUAUGAUUUUAGAUAAUCCUCAUGAUGGUCCAUGUAUAAUGGAUUGGGAUUCAUUUGGAAUUCUUGUACCGUUGUUAAUUACAUUUCCAAGUUUAUUUGCUAUUAAUUCUGAAUCACCACCAUCAAUAAUUACAGGAGGAACUCAUGAACUUUAUCUUCUUAAACUUGUCUUUAUUACCCUUAUUGUCAAAAUAUUGGUAACUAAUGAGUUUGACAGUAAUGAAGCCAUGGAUAUUGAUGAUCCGGAUAAUGAAGAGGAAGAAAAAUAUGAUGCUCUAUUAGUAUUAAUGGAUAUAAUAAAUGUGAAAACUGGUGGUUUGACAGUACGGGAAAUUUGGAAGUACAUAAAAGAAGCAUCAUUAUCAUUUUUGAGAUGUUGUACACUUUAUUUUCAUUUUGUAACGGAUGUACCUGCUCCAAUUGAAUUAACAACUAAAGGGGGUGAUACUUAUGAAAAUAUUUGUAUGUAUCUUGGUUUACCAACUACUUGCGACGGAUUAUUAAAUUCUGAAAAUGUUCAAAAAUUAGCCAAAAAAUGGAUGGAACAUCCUAGAACUUUAUUAAAAUCAACACAUGUAAAAGAACCACCAAAAUUAAAUAGUCUUGUAAGUUUACCAGAUGAUUACAGUGAAUUAAUUAAUACAGUAUCAUUAUUUACUUGUCCAACUAGUGAUCGUGAAGAUUCACGAAAUCCAACAAUGUGCCUAGUUUGUGGUGAAAUGUUAUGUUCACAAAGUUAUUGUUGUCAAACAGAAUUAAAUAAAAUAAUGGUAGGUGCAUGUACUUACCAUGCAAGUAAAUGCGGAGCAGGAGUUGGAAUAUUUUUUCGUGUUCGAGAAUGCGAAAUACUAUUUUUAAGAAGUCCAAAUAGAGGUGCUUUUGCUUGCCCUCCUUAUUUAGAUGAAUAUGGUGAAACAGAUCAAGGACUUCGACGAGGUAAUCCUCUUAAACUAUGCAAAAAUAAAUACAAACAACUAAAUCAAAUGUGGUUGGGCCAUGGACUUCAUGAAGCUGUAGCAAGAGCUAUUGAAUCCUCAAGUAAUCUUAUGUCUACUCAAUGGCAACAUUUAUAAUUACAUUAAUAAAUACAUUAAAUAAUUAUGUAUUAUUUGAAAUUUGAAAAUAAUUAGUAUAAACAAUAUUCAAAUUUA